CAAGAAACCUUUUAUUUCUUUUCACCAUUUCUGAAUUCCCUGCUUAAUCUUCCUUUUUUUCGACAGAUAUUACUCUUUUGAAAUGGCUCCAGCGAUUAAGGUUGUGAAUUCGAACGGAAAUGGACUCCAAACUGCAGAUCUUGUAGCCGAUUUUGUUGCUGAUACGAUUCCGAGUAAUGCGAAGAAGCCCUUUAAGAUCUUUGUGGGUUACGAUCCGCGUGAGGAUGUUGCUUACCAGGUCUGUCGUUACUCGAUCUUGAAGCGUUCUUCGGUUCCAGUGGAAAUUAUACCUAUCAAACAACAGGAUCUGAGGAGUAAGGGUCUUUACUGGCGUGAGAGAGGGCCUACAGAGAGCACCGAGUUCUCGUUCAGUCGAUUUUUGACUCCAUUCCUUGCCAAUUAUGAUGGUUGGGCAAUGUUUGUGGAUUGUGAUUUCCUUUACACAACAGAUUUUAAGGAAUUGAUAGAGUUGAUUGAUGAGAAGUACGCAGUUAUGUGCGUUCAGCAUGAUUAUACUCCCAAGGAAAGCACCAAGAUGGAUGGGGCUGUGCAGACAGUUUAUCCGAAGAAGAACUGGUCUUCCAUGGUUCUGUACAAUUGUGGGCAUCCCAAGAACAAGAUCUUGACGCCGGAGGUUGUGAAUUCCCAGACGGGUGCUUUUCUUCACAGGUUUAUGUGGCUUGAAGAUCAUGAAAUUGGGUCGAUUCCAUUUGUUUGGAAUUUCCUUGUUGGUCAUAACAAGGUCAAUGAGAAUGAUCCAUCUACAUUCCCCAAAGCUCUACAUUAUACUACGGGAGGGCCUUGGUUUGAGGCCUGGAAGAACUGUGAGUUUGCAGACCUGUGGGUGAAUGAAUUUGAAGCAUACAAGGAGGAAAUGGAGUUGGCUUGAAGAAGAACAAUAAAUGGUAGAUUAAAUUGCAACAGAUGAUGACAUAAUGUUGUUGCUUUUGCGGUAGUUUUCAUGAAAUUGAUUUUGCAGUAGUUAGUAGAAAAACAUUUUUACAUAUCGUCCCUGCUCCUUUCUUUUGUCUUAGUCUGUAUCUUAGUUAUGCUGUUUGAUUGGGGGUAGUACCUUCUUCUUAAUGAUCAUAUAGGUAUUUCAGGCAGCUGCCUUUUGUAAUAUUUCAUUAGUUUCUCUCUUCUGCUUCAACCCUUAAAUGUAUUUUGAAAAUUGUAUGAACCAUGUUGAUUAAUAUGAAGCUAAUUUCAUUUCUAUA